UUUCAGAUAUUAUGACGGAAUGCGGGCUUCUCAUGCCACUUGAAAUUAAAAAAGAGCUAGCAGAAGACCACCACCAUGAAGAACCCAAAGAAUCUGGAAUUCCAAUUUUAAUUCCCAGAGAGACUGAAAACGUGUCGCCGCAGCGACGGUCGCCACAGGAUACUACAGAUGAAGAAUUGGAUUUUCAGUUGACGGGAGGUGAUGGAAAUGUGAAUGUUUUGGCGAAAGAGGCUAGUGUUUCGUUGCCUCCAGUGAUUACGGUAAAAUGCGGCACUCUAACUGCAAAAAUGGUGACAAAACUCUUCACAUGUCCUGGAAUCCAUCAAAACUGUAUACUGAUCGAUGGUGAAACAGAAUACAUUAGCCCUAAGGAAUUCACUGUAAGAGCAAAUAAAGACAAGCAGAAGGACUGGAAAGGGAGCAUCAGAAUCGGAAAGUCCAAUCUUCGAACUUUAAUGGAGAUGCGGUCUCUCGACUUUCACGAUCACCCCAAUCAGUGCUCCGCUAAGUGUCAGAGCAGGAAUUAUAUUACACCAAAGGAUCCGACUUCUGAUCCAUCGGGACGAAGGCGUUCUAGCACGACCAAGUUGAUACCUCAAAAUAUGUUCUCACACAUUCCGUCUGCGUUCCCAAAUGCGUCAACAAGUCUAUUCACUGUACCGAAAAAAGAAACACAAAUGCCAGAAGGACAGCCUACGUUAGGUACAUUAUUCAAAAACCCAACCUUUUCCCGAUUUGUUGCAAUCAGUCAAAACAUGAAGAACAACAACUUCUCAACACCAUCCACCACUACGCAGCCCCCGCUAUCCAUGUUCCCAACAACAUCGCUGAAAGAAGAAACUUCGACUUCAGUUGACGAUGUUACUACUCAACUAUUACAACAACAUCAGCAACAACGUGUUGCUAGCACACUUUUCCAGACAAUUCCAUCAGCACAGCCUUCUACAUUUUGGAAUACAACUGACAAUCGGUACCAGGGGAAUAUAGAACAACAACCACAGGAGAUGUUGGCUGAAAUGAUAAAUGCUGGACUUGGAGAUAAUAUUAUUGAUAUGAUUGUUAACAAAAUCAAUAAUAUGCGAGAGAAGAUUAAGGGGAUCUCAAGUUGCUCAAAUGUGUUAUUAAAAAUGUUGUGCAGUUUGAACGCGGCUGACACAUUUUGCAACACAAUGCAAGCAAUGGAGAGUUUACAAGCUGAAAUUGCGAAAGAAGAGAAGCACUUGAUGAAGAGCCAACCACAAGUUCACAGGUUGUCAUCAGACUUCUCCUCGCUGGAGGAAGAGAUACCUGGGAGAAAGAGAUCCCUGGAUAUUUCUGCGUUGAUUGGGCAGCCUCAUGCGAAACGACCAUCGCUUACUACAUCUAUGCUCGAAGACGGUCCAGAACCUCCAUCAACUGUCCAACACUUGCUAACCCCAAUCAAGCCAAUUGUGCAAAUCCCUAAAGCCAUAAGUCCACAGGAGAUGCUGAUGAACAUUGCUAGCAGCAUGGGCUCCAACAUUGACAGAAAUCAUGUCCUGGCAGCGUUGCAAAUGGAAGAGCUCCGCACGGCUGCUGCCCAAUAAGAUACUCACUCAUUUUACAUUUUACCAAACUUUAUCACAAUUAACCGCAUUCCAUUUCAGAUUAAUUUCAGAUUUAGUCAAUAUCAUUUUUAAUUCUUAAAUUUUAUUUGAAUAAUUUAUCAAUGCAUAACUUUUUUUUCCACUCUAGUCCUCUUUUUUAAUUGGAAUGUUUAAGAUUCUAGUUAUUUAUUGUGAUGUCAUAAGCAUGUAUUCCCGGAAUAGAAAUUUUUGUCUGUACAAAUUGGUUUUUUUUGCAUUUUUGCAUUUCUUUCAAAAUAUCAUUAUUAAUUUAUAAAAAGUCACUUAUCGGCUCUCUCAUUCUCUUCCCACUCUGUAUGAAAUGUAAUGCGAAAUUCAUUUUUGGGAUGGAUCAUGCUUUAUUUUUUCCAUUUUUGUAAUUGUAAUUUCUUUGUAAUUUUGUCAUUUUCCUCAAGUUUCCAAGUCAGAACUCGACAGUUUUCUUAAUAAAUUAUUUUUAUUUAA